GGCGCGUAUUCGCGUCCCGCGUGCGGCGCAACCCGCAACCCGAUAGCGCGUCUAAUCCGCGUCGGCAGCGCGACGACAAACCAGCGUCAAUCGCACCCGGCAGCAUGGCGAGGAUUGUAGUGUUUAGUCUGUGCCUAUUGCUCACCGUCAGAUCGAUCGCCUGCAUCGAGUGCUACAGCUGCAUCUCGACAGAGAAUCCUGACUGCAUCCAUCCGGAACAACACAUGGAGCGACAGAAGUGUAAUACGGAUGGUCUACGGCAGACCAGCCAGUACGCCAGCAAGCUGAGCACGGAAUUCAAGGAGAUUUUUGACUUUCCUACCAUCGGGGGUCCCAUUCCGCUCAAUUGCCUCAAACAGGUCGUUAAAGUGGAGGGAACCGAAGUGGUCUUCCGCGGCUGCCAGCUGCCCAAGGACCCCCACAACCAGCUCGAUGUCUGCAAUAAGGUCUUAAGCAGCAAGAACAAAAACAACGUGCACGUGAUGUUUUGCGCCUUGUGCGAUACGGACGGAUGCAACGGCGCGCCGCACACCCGCCCCUCACUACUCGCCGCCGUCGGCGCGCUGUUGCUUGGCGCGUUAAUGGUGGCCUUCUAGUCUGCUGCCGCUACCGCCAAUGCGCGCUUCUGCUGUAGACGCAGGCAUCCGCCAGCGCAGCGCGACCGACGUAGUACUGUUACGCGAGGCAUCUCGCUCCAGCCGCCGCCUCCGUGCCUGAGACUGGCGCGGGGACAGCCAAAUGCGACUUAGAUUAUUAUAUACCCACUCGAUAUUUGUACUUCUUUCGUUGUGUCUUGUCUAGUCAAGUAACAAUAAACCAAAGUGCUGUCAAACCCA